UCAUACAAUUACACGGCAACAAUUUGAGACGGACACUCCUUGACGACAGCGCACACGUGUGUCUGGGAUAUGGGCAUGUUGAGUGCUGUGCUGCAGCUGCAUUGAACGCUGAUCGUAUAUGCUACAUCAAUUUUCACCUUUUCAUGUAGCCUAAUAAUAGCUAAAAUAAUGGCGAAAAAACGUGCAAAAGAAGACUCGGAGGAGUCUAGCACACCGGCAAAGAAAACAAAAGUAGUGGAAGUUGAAUUUAAUGGAACCGUUUUCAAAUCCAUGUUGAAAGACCCAACCAAAACCAUGAAGGGUCUGGAAACGUUCAUUUCGAUAGCAAAGAAAUUGCCAUGCCCAGACCUGUACGAUGUUGUCGAGGGGUAUAUUAAAGUUUCCAUGGAGUGUGCCGAAAUAUUCAAGUUGUUGGAGGGAGAAAAACACACGGAGAACGAAUUGAUGCUGGUCUUCCAGAGCUUGGAGAUGAUCCUGCUGCGGACUGCCACUGACCUCUCACACUUUAGCAUGGUGGGGUCCACCAUUGUUAAGAAAACGGUUACCAGCUUCAUGAAACUCUUGCAGUCGUCGCUGUAUUCAGAAAACCACAGAUUCGUCCGGCAGUGUCUUUGCUUCCUCUCGGCUAUGGUGUCUCAGGGCCCGGACACUGCAAGGGAAGUCUUCAGCCAGUUCCAGUUCAGUAAGGGUCUGUCCUCAUUGGCCAGGAGGAGAGACAAGAUGGGUAGACCUGAUGUCCGUAUGGCAUAUAUUCAGUUUGCACUUAGCUUCCUGGUAUCCGGGGACCAUGUCACUAUAGGACAAGUUCUUGAGAUGAAAGAUUUCCUGCCUGACAUUUUGUCCAGUGGACUGAAGGAAGACAGAAUUUCCAUUGUGAACCUUGUUUUGUCAACUCUGCAGACCAAAGUUGUGCAGAACAAGGCCAUCAGCAAGACGCAGAAAGUGAGAUUCUUUGGCCCUUCUGUUUUAGCUCAAAUCACAUCUCUGUACAAGUGGAACGGGAUUGUGGACGCAAGUCUAGAUGGCAGUCAGGUGGCCGAGAAUUCCGAGGAAGCCGGUAAGGUGGUGGUACGGGAACUCACGCACAAUUUCCUCAUCGAUUUGUGCUGCUCCCGGAAGUACGGGAUCAGUUUUUACGACCCCAGCUUUGGAACGGCCGGUCGGGCGGGGAACAUCGUCCUGCUGCAGUUCCUGGUGGGGCUGAAGCAGGCCACGGAGGACGAGCUCAUGGCCGAGCUGGUGGUGAGCGUUCUCAAGGGAAGCCCCGACCUCCUGCCCAGGUACUUCAAGGAGACGCAGUACUCCUUCACCCCACGCCUGAAAAGCGCUUGGCAGGAUAACGUCACCCUCCUCAAGAAGAUCUAUGAAGCUCAGCCGGAGGUUUCAAAGGCCUUCCAAACUGGGGAGUUCAUCCCUCUGCCUCGUCUGCUCACCAUGGUGAUGGUGACAUCACUUCCACCCGUCUGCAAUAAGGCCUUCUUCACACAGGGCCUCAAUAUGGGUAACGCAGUGGUUCAGCACACGACUCUCUCCCUGGUCUCCUUCAUCCUGAGGAGGGCCCAGAAGAACAUGGAGCACUGCCUGGACAGGGUCGUAUGGCAGAGCUCAGAGAUCUACACUCCCGCCAUGAUGGAGGACUUCGUACAGCAGUACCGGGAGGCCCUCAGCAAGAUCUUGCCAGACAUGACCAGCAUCGUGUCAAAAUGGCAGUCUCUGACAAAGAAGGGGAAGCCAGAGGAAGGGGCAACAAAGGGGAAGCCAGAGGAAGGGGCAACAAAGGGGAAGGAGGGGAGUGGCCAGGAAAAAGCAUCCAAGCCUCCUGAGUCUGGGCCCGAUGAUGCAGCUGCCAUCCUUUUCAAGGCCUUGAUUCUUCAGGUCAUCUGUCUCUACCAGAAGGUUGUCCCCCAUCUUGUCAGCCAGUGCACAUUUGACUUCAGCAAGCUCUUAAAAGGGAUUGUGUCAGAGAGGGGCAUUAAGGAGGAGGUUCCUCCGGUUCUCCAGCACCAGAUGCUGCAGCUGGCCCUGGACCUACCUGCCAGCAAGUUCUCUUGGUUCCGAGUUCAGGAUAUCGUGGACACAGAAGCUGCGGGCAGAGAGAAGUCGGUCUUCUACCUCCUGCUCAAGAUGUUUGUGAGCAGCAGUGAUGGCCGGCUGAAGACCUCCACAAGGAUGCUGGUCCUCAAAGUGCUCAAGGACAGCGGUGUAUUUGAGUACACCUGGCAGGAGCUGGAACUUUGGCUCAGCCAUCUGGCAAGACUGCUUCCCUCACAACAGGAAGCUGUCAUCCACUUCCUGGAAAGGGUGUUGGUGAGGCUGGUGUCCAGUCCCUACACGUACAUGGACAAGGCGGCGGGCGUGGUCCAGGACGCGGCCUACCUGCAGGCCUCGCUGAGCGGCCAGGAGGCGGACGCCGUCAGCAUCCCCGUCUCGCACAUCGAUGACGUGCUGGACAUGGUGGACGUGAUCAUGGAGGGCAGCGAGGGGGAGGUCGAGGACCUGGGGCCGUCCCUUAGUGAUGACCUCAUCACGCAGACCUUCCCCUUCAGCGCGGUGGUGCCCGCCAUCCUGGAGGCUCGGAACAACCUGCCCGCUAAUUUUAAAGAUGAGAAAGGUGUGGUGUACGAGUACCUGGCCUCCGUCCUCCUGGACGUCCUUCACUCUCAGAGAGACCCCCUCCCUCUCUGCCUGGCUCUGCAGCAGUACGACAAAGAGCUGGAUUCCUCGGAAAGUUCUGGAACUCCACACCCCUCUGUGGCAGAGUUCCAUCGCUACUACGCCCAGUGGCUGCCCCAGCAGUCCAGAGAGCAGCUGUUUAAAUCUUGUGAGUCAUCCUCGGCUGGGCCAGAGCCUGCGGUUUCCUUCACCACGGCGAUGCAGGCAGCCUACAGCCACGGAGCUGCUGGCCUGCUCCAGGAUUCCUUCAGGGAGAAGCUGGAGGAAGGCCUGGCCUCACUGGGGCUGUCCGAGUUCCCGGUGGCAGUCAAGCAAGUCCUGCUCUACGUCAAGACCACCGUGGACAACUUCAGCACAUUUUCCAAGGAGAUCGGUGUGCAGGUGCUGCAGGUUCUCAUGGAAGUGCUCAAGGCUUUAGUGAAUAAGCUUCAGAGCCUGGAGCAAGCGGUCGAACCCGUGGCCACAGAGCCUCAGGAGGGAUCGGAGCUCUUCCUGGAAGCGGACUCCGAACCUGGGGACGGCGUCAGCAAAGAUCAGGUGCUGCUGGCGGUGCUGGGCUCCAUCUUUAAGCACCCCACGCUGGAGCAGUGGUUCCUGGCUCGGGAGCUGGGGGCGUUCCCCGCUCACUCCCUGAACCCGGUGCGGCUGAAGCGUCUCUGCUUGGAGCUCAGCGAGCGCACCCUGGCCCUCCUCCAGCUCGCCGCCCCGCCCCUCAGAGCCCUGGACGGCCUGGGCCUCGUCUCCGCCUACCUGGCGGCCGUCGAGAGGGCGGUGCUGAAGGAGCUGGGGGAGGAGCCGGCGAGCGGGGCGGGGCCGAGGGAGUCCCUCCCGCUGAGGGGCCUGCUGGCGCUGCACGAGUGCAUGGAGGAGCCGGGCGUGAGGGCGGUGAUCUCCGCCGCGCUCCUCCUCCCCCAGGAGAGACUGGCGGUGGGCGUGGCCGGGGGGGUGGGCCCAGCGGAGCUGAGCGCGUACGGGCGGGCCGCGCUGACCGUGCUGACGGGGAGCGGCGGGCGGGCGUCACAUGACCGCGCCCUGCUCCUGUCCCAGGCUCACCUGCGUGGCCUGGCCACCCUGCUGACCUCCUGCGCCAGCCAGCCGCUGGAGGACUUCCUGCAGGGGGCGCUGUGCGCGGAGCCGGCCGCCGCCGCGCUGGUGCCCGCCGAGGCGCUGCUCCACUGCCUGCGCUGGCCCCGCCCCUCCGCGGUGGCCGUCGCCGCGGCGAUGCUGAGCAACUGCUCCACCCACCGGCUGCAGUUCGAGCACUGGUGUCUGGAGCCGCCCCACGUGGAGCAGCUCGCGGGGGAACUGAAUGCCUUUCUGCCCCUGCUGGGGGCCUACCUGACAGCCGCCAGCCAGGACGACCCCGCCCGACCCAAAGAUGUCCAAACGGCGGUGCUGAGGGCUCUAAGAGAGGCUCUGCUGACCCCGCUGUCCCGCUCGGCCCUCUCUGGGGACGCAGAGGACCCCCUCUCUCAGCGGGUGGACGUCCUGUCCCAGCUGAUCAGCCUGGCCGCCAGACCGAAGGACAUCGGGGAGCUAACGGACGGGCUGCCUGCUCUCCUCCGCACGGCCGACGGCUUCGAAAGGUGGAAACUGGUGGAGCCUAUCACAGACAAACUUGCCGGCUCCCCCGAGCAGCUGGCCUCAUGGACGAAGUCUCUGCCCACCGCUGCCCUCCGGUGGCUGAUCAGUGCCUACACCACCCACAAGGAGCAGGAGAAGGCGAUGAGACAGGAGGAGGAGAGCAUGCUGGGGAGAGUGAAGGAGCUGCUGGCUUGUCCACAGGACGUGACCCCGCAGGACUGGAACAGUUUUGUGAAGGCUGGGUUGAAGUAUCGCUAUAGAGACGCGACCUUCCUGGACACUCUGUGCGGCCUGCUGGAGGUGAUGUACUGCGGCGAUGACACCCCCAAAGGCCUGCUGCCGUUAGCAACCGUUCACAUGAUGACAACCAGCCACUCGCUGUUCCUGCCCUCCGUGCUGUGCUCGCAGGAAGAAGCUAACGAAAGCCCUCAGUCUAAAGAAGCCCUGGUGUCCCUCCUGCUGGCUCUGGUGAGGAAAUGCCCUGCAGUCUGCGACAGCGGCCAUUUUGUGCUUCUGCUGGGAGCUUACGGCGCUACUUUGUGUACUUCAGACCAGAAGCUGCUCCUGAUUCUGCUGGAGUACGAGAGAAACAAUAUCAGCUUGGCCGAGUUUCAGUCUGUGCUGUGGGGCCCAGCGGCAGUGGAGCACCACAAGGCCUGUAAAAGCCUGGGGAAAUCCCUGUGGCAGCAGCCCAGCUCUGAAGACCUGCUGGCCCUGCUGAGCUCCGACAGAAUGCUCAACACCGUGCGGCACUUCCCCCAGCAGCGCCGGAUCAUUCCGCAGGAGGCGAAAGAGCUCUUGUACAGAGAGGAAGGAGUCCAGGACCUGGGCAGCCUGUACGAUCCCUGCUUCCUCCUGCCCCUCUUCAGUAGCCUGCUUAGACCAGAGUCUGUGAUUGACUGCUACAAGUUUGUGUCGAGCCACGCCCUCGGGGUCACGGUGGCGGCUCUGAGCAGCUACGACCCCAAAGUGCGAGCGGCGGCCUAUCAGGUGCUGGGGUGCUUCCACCAUCACCUGGAGGGGGCGCGGUUCAGAGAGAAGAGACAGCUUCUCUAUUUGCUGGACACCGUGAAGAACGGCAUUCGGCAGCAGAACCUCCGUCUCCCGUUCCUGCUGGUGACGUACAUCGCAAAGGUGGCCCAGCAGAUGCUCAGACCCGAGGAGCACAUGUACAUGAUCGUCAACAAGUUCCUGCUGACCCAUCAGUAUCUGGACCUGAAGAAAGUUCCGGAAUUCUUCCGGCUCUUCUACAGCUUUGAUUUGGAGCACAAAGCGGAGCGCGAGUGGGCCGUGGACGUGCUGAGGGAGGGGCUGGCGGACCGGUACUGCUACGAGCUGUGCGACCGGCAGGGAAUAUUCCAGAUCCUGCUGAGCUUCUACAGCAGCCCGCUGUGUGACGAGUCCACACAGGCUCGCAUCAUGGAGGUGCUGCAGCAGGCUGGCCGCGUCAACAAAGCAGCCUAUGAGCUCAUAAAGGUCCACGGCCUUCUGACAUGGAUCCUGCAGGUCACAGAGAGGAGAUACCUGGAGAAUCGGGUUCUGUGUGCCGUCAUCGACCUGGUCCACGUGCUUUGGUUCACAAAUCUGGGGCAGAAAGAGAGCGGGGGGGUGGGGAACACCCCCUCGGAUGGAGAUGCCCCACAGGGCCCGGCUAAAUACCUCCCUCUCCCGCUCAUCAACGAGUUCCUGUGUGUGCUUUUGGCCUUCAUCAGACACUUACAGUCCGGUGUGAAGGCCCGUCAGCUGGCCCCCUUCCUGCGGACCCUCAGCUCGGUCCUCCAGCACCGCGGGUCGGCUCUGGCCGCCCACAGAGAGAUGGGCCGCGGGACCGUCCCGGACCGGGCCCUGUCCAGCACCGAGGGCCUGGCCCUGCUCCAGCACUGGAGCCAGCUGUCCCAUGAUGCUCCGCUUCAGUCGGCCCUGCAGGGUGUGGCAGAGAGGCACAGGGUCAAGGAGCUGCUCAGUAACGUGAAGGAAAGGGGGCGGAGUAAAGGUUCCUCCCUGAGGAGUCGCGCUCGGGCGGAGGCGCAGCCGGAGGAGGUGGGGGGCGAUGCGGAGCGGCAGGAGCAGGCCGCGCUGGAGGAGUGUGAACCCCACCUUAGGAGCAUCCUCACGCACUGGGAGUCCCUCCCCCCGCCUCCCAGCCCCGCCUCCGUCUCCCGUGGCGACCUCACCGCCGCCGCCGCCCACCUGCUGGUCGGGUGGACGCUCCGGUCCCUGGUGGGGGCGGGCCCGGACCCCGCGGGGACGCUGUCCUUCCUGCGCUGGGUGCGGGCGAACGUACUCCCGCACCAGGGCGCGGUGGAGGCGGUGCUCGCCGACGCCGCCGUGGCGCAGGACUUCCUGAGGCUGCUCCACCGGGCGCGCCGGGCCGGCGCGGAGACCGCCGAGCUGCUCACCGCCGUCAUGGUGGCCCUGCUGGAGGCCCGGGGCGCGCUCUCGGGGGACCUGCAUCGGGCCGUCCUCGCCGCCUGCCUGCCCGACCCGCCUCAGGACGACUCCAGCAGAGGCGCAGGGCUGCAGCUUCUGUCCGUGUACAUCCACGAGCUGUGGAGCGGGGCGGCGUCUCCCGAUCUGUUCCUGACCCACGUCAGGCUGGUCACAGGGGCCCGGGGCCCGGGGCCAAAGAAGGGGAAGUGCCCGGCAGGGGUCCGGAGAAUCUGCACGGACAUUUCCGCAGCCGUGGACUCCGCGCCGCGAAUGUCGCGCGUUUGAAGGUUACCAUGGACACCAAGUGUUUACACGGAGACUGAGAGAGAGAGAGAGAGGACAGCGUACAUUUUGCACCUGUGUCAGUCGAGGUUUUAAUAAUGUAAAGCAGGCAACUUAAACGUACCAUGUAAAACUGCCAGAGUUCAUUUCCCAAAAUGUAAAAGUAUUGAAUCGUCGUAAAAAAUACAGCCUAUUUUAAUAUGUAAACCUGCGUGCUCCGUUUCUGCUCAUUACUUCUAUACAAUAGGAUGCGCAAGUCUUGCUUCCAAACUGGCACAUUUUAUUGACAAACUUUGGUCUGAACUAUUUGGAUAAAUAUCUUUAAAUUGCUCUAGAGUUAUGGGACUGAAGUUGCCCUUGUUGCACCAACCCUUUCGACAUUCUUCCAGCGGUCACUAGAGAUCCUGACUUAAAGAAUCCAUCCGUGCAUUAUCAAAACACCAUUUUCAGUGUUUGUCUUCUUCUGGAUGACCCGGAGUACAUUACGUUCUUAGGAAAUUAAUUGCUGAAAUUCAUUUAGCUACAGGUGUUUUGAGAUACACAUCACAUGUCGUGUAAUAGUUCAAUGCAGAAAGUAGUGUCUGUUAGAGGAAAAUCUGUCAGGUAUCUCUUGUAUUAAGGCCUCAGACCUCUAAUCUUCACUUUCUGCACCUGUUAACUGUUCUGCACCCUAUUGGCCAUAUUCUUAAAACAUGCCCCACAUGCAGUAAUUUUGUCUCUAAAAGUUUGGUGUUUCAUACUUGCAUAAUUUUGAACUGGCAAAAAAAAACCUGGAUAGCCAUCGUUGUGGUUUUAGCUUUGAGGUUAGAGGUACAUUAUUUUGUUCACCUUGCAGCAUAAAGUCAUUUAAUGACUAACCAUUAGACAUAAAAAAAAGAGUAUUUUAAACAAGUGCAUAACCUGAAAUAUGUUGCAAACUUCUUUUAAAUGGAUUUUAGACCUUACAAUACAGAGAAGGGCUAUUUUAGCCGUGAACAGCAGAGGGCAGUAGUUGGAUAUAACCCCCAUUACCGAACAAUACGCUUACGCGUAGAGAAAUCUGACGCGAGUGUGUUUAGCCCGGAUCGAGAGUUUGCUUUAUAAAUGCGGGGUGAAGCGAAGCGUGACUCUGACUUCCUUGACAUCGCUGCUUCAUCCAGCUCUUCAGGUUCGCCCUUUUCUCUGGAACUACAUCGGUAUGAUCGCAACCCUGAUGGUGCGUGACGUUACUGGAUGUGGCUGGAUGCAUUAAUGCAUUAAUGAGUUCCAGAGAAUUCUAAUUGGAAUGUUAGCAUCCCAUGGGGAAAUAAUGUUAUGUUUAAUACUUAAGACAAAGCAUAAUGAUAUUUUCUGUGAUCUUUUGUGUUAAAGAAGGAUUAUUUCUUAUUCUUUCAUUGUUUUACACUUGAAUUCUUCCACUUCGAUGGUGAUUGAUGUUAUUUUUCUUUUUCUCUCAGUAAUGGGCCAGAUUAGUAUGGAAAUUAUUCUAGGCUGCAGUUAAUGUAGAAUUUUGAGAGCAAAAGACAGCAUUAUUGUCAUAUAGUAAAAAAAAAAUGUUUUUGUCUGCACUGAAAAUAAAUUUCUUAUUUCAAAUUA